AAAGUGUUUAAAAGAAAGGCACCCUACAAACAAAAUUCAAACGUUGAGGUAACAACCAGACGAUAGAGGAAGACUUACGACUUGAAUAUGGCUUUGACGAACUGGAUUGUUCUAUUUCUAUCGCUGUCAGCUGUGGUGCAGAAAAGCUUCGAAGAAGAACAACGCAUAUGCACCAGUGAAGCAGAUGUCGUGUUCAUGGUGGAUUCCUCGAGCAGCAUUAAUUUUCGUAAUUUCAAUAAAUCAAUAAAGGAAUUUGUCAAGAAGUCAGCGGCUGAAUUCGGAGUUGCYCCAGAAAAAAGUCGCGCAGCAGUGAUACUAUUCAGUGCGGAUGCUGAAGCCACGAUAAAGUUUGGUGACGCCCCAACCCUAGAAAAAUUCCAGGAAAAAGUGGACAAACUGAAACACCAGCGGGGAAGACGAACACGAAUCGACAAAGCCCUGAUAUUAGCAAAUCAGCUUUUUUCUAAGCUGGAAAAAGACGGAAGAAAGAAGGUUGCAAUCCUUUUAACUGACGGGAAACAGAAUCCGCUCGCAGACCUGGAAAAAGCAGCUAAGCCUUUACACGCCAAAAAUGUUAUUACGAUUGCCGUUGGUAUUGGCGACGACGUGGGAAAAAAUGAGCUGGAGAAGAUAACUAAGAGUAAGGACAAUGUGGUAAUAAAUAAGGACUAUAAGGAGCUACAAGAGAAACUUCUGAACAUAAUCAGCAUUGCCUGUGAGGAGAGUAACUGUGGUUGCUUUAGCGGUUCAUCAUAUAUUACCGUAAAAAACUACGAGGAUAAAAAGGCCCGCGCACAAGACGACAUUCACUUUGAAUUCAAAAGCUCCAAGCCGUCGGGAACAAUUAUGUUCGUUCAGGGUAACUAUAGCGACCAUAUUUACGUGGGAUAUGAUCAUGGCGACCGGUUGGUGUACCGAGUGGACUUAGGAAAAGGAGAGAGACAAAUAAUGGCAAAAGGCGUGAAACUGGACGACAACAAAUGGCACACAUUUCGACUAAUGCGAGUUGGACGUUCGUUUACCAUAACCAUCGACAAUGCACAUCGACCACAAGCGAUGGGAGAAGUUCCCGGAGACUUCGAACGUCUCGACAUAACUAAAUCAAAGGGUUAUUUCUUGGGCUCGCUGAAUCUGCACAAUUUUACCGGCUGCAUUCGAGAUUUCAGGGUUGACGAAGAAGCCAUAAUUGCAAAUGCCAUCGGAGGAGAAAGCGAAUACUCGGUUACAAACAAGAAUGAAAUGAAGCAAUGCACCGAAAGUGACCAAGAGUAAGACCGGGAACUGCUAACCUCAUUCCCAGGGCGCUGGGAACGAGUUUGUGGGCACUGCCAAAAAAUAAUUAAUUUUAAAGUAAACUGAGAAUAGGUAACUGUAAGUGUAUUUGUAAGUGCAGCCCAAAGACAACUGAUUCAGCAGGAAAUUUGCUCGUAACUGUGCAUGAUUUUGUGCAAAGAAGGAAAAAUAAUAAAAGCUGCUAAUCUAUGCUAA